AUGUCUACCACCUUGGUCUAUGCUACCAUAGUAGCUGUGCUGGUGUCUUGGCUGCUUAAAGUGUACAGUCCCAGACAGCGCGCGCUUGAUGCUAUACCUACUAUUGGUCCUUCAGGUUACCUGACCUCUUGGCUGGGGGUUAUAAACUUGUACAGGAGUGGUCCCAAGAUGAUCCAGGAAGGAUAUACCAAGUACAAAGGAAAGCUUUUCAAGGUUCCGGAUAUCAACCGAUGGAUAGUCAUCGUCAGUCGGCCGAACAUGAUUGACGAACUCCGGAACGCACCCGACGAUGUGCUCUCAUUCACGGCGGCGACGAACGAUGUAGUCUCGGUCGAUUAUACCCUCCGACUGAAUAAUGCUUCAGCUCGUCACAAUGACUACCACAUGCCGAUCAUUCGCACUCGACUUACCCGGAAUUUGGGCAAUCUGUUUCCAGUGAUUCACGAUGAGAUCGUUGCCGCUUUCGAUGAUCUGGUAACACCCAAGGGAGACGAGUGGGUGAAGCUGCCCGCGCUUCAUACCACCAUGCAGAUUGUCUGCAGAGCUACCAAUCGUAUUUUUGUGGGAUUACCUGUUUGCCGCAAUGCUGAUUACUUACGGAUUGGCGUUGGGUUCACACUCGACGUCGUGCAAAGUGCAUUGUUCCUCAAUCUAUUCCCGCGGUUCAUUGGGGCAAGACUCCCCUUGGUGCCUCAAGCGGUCGAGGCAGCAGAGAAGCAUCUUCGACCCUUGAUCGAAGAGCGGCUGCGCAAGAUGGAGGAAUAUGGCGAGAAGUGGUCCGAGAAGCCGAAUGAUAUGCUCCAGUGGUUCUUAGAAGAGGCUGAAGGCCCGGAGCGAGAGGUCAAACAUUGGACUAUGCGCAUCCUCCUCUUAAAUUUUGCGGCUAUCCAUACUUCGUCAAGAAGUUUCACUCACGCACUCUUCCACCUUGCGGCGAACCCCGCGUAUAUCCAGCCUAUGCGGGAAGAAGUGGAGGCUGUUCUCAAGGAAGGGGGUUGGACAAGAGCAUCCACGCAGAAGAUGCGCAAAGUGGAUAGCUUUCUGCGGGAAUCGCAAAGGAUGUCUGGCCUUGGGGCCGUCAGUUUGCAGAGAAAGGUUCUGCAGCCAUUCACCUUCUCUGACGGGACCACGGUACCCGUUGGGGUCCACGUCGCAGCGGCUGCAGAAUGUGUUCAUUUGGAUGAAGAGAAUUACGCGGACGCAGACACUUUCAAUGGGUUCCGCUUUGCGGAGAUGCGUGAGGAGGACGGCGAGGGAACGAAGCAUUCCUUAGUCACUACCGCGACCAACUAUUUACCCUUUGGUCAUGGCCGCCAUGCAUGCCCUGGCAGAUUCUUUGCUGGGACGGAGCUCAAAGCGAUGCUUGCUCACCUGGUAUUGAACUACGACGUGAAGCUGGAGACGGAAGGCGUGCGCCCAGCUGACAAUUGGAUUGGAGUGGCGCGGGGGCCGAACCGCAAGGCGGAGGUGAUGUUCAGGAAACGGCAGUUUUAGUGCACUCGGGAGAAUUCACGAU